AUGUCACACAGACCGCUAGGCGACAGCGUUCUGCUCCCAGAAGCAACCCGUCCAUCACCAACCACCCUGGUGGGACGCUCAAUCAAAUUAAUCCCCCUGGAGGAAACCCACGCAGACGAACUCUUCCCACUAUUCAACAAUGACCACCCUGACCAGACCGCGCUGUGGGACUACAUGCCCGAUGGCCCCUACGACGACGCGUCGCAGCUGCGGAAGGAAUUCGCCGCCAGAGUCCCAUCGUCAGAUCCGGUGUUCUUCACUGUAAUCGACAGCAGACCGUCAUCCGCCUCCCCCACAGCAGGGAAGCCGAUCGGGUACCUCUCGCUGAUGAGUAUUGUGCCCGAGCACCGCAGGCUUGAGAUCGGGCAUGUGGCUUUCACCAAGGCGAUCCAGCGCACAACGGGCGCGACAGAGGCGUUUUAUCUCUUGCUGAAGCACGCGUUUGAUGAUCUGGGGUAUAGACGGGUUGAGUGGAAGUGUAAUUCGCUGAAUGAGCCUUCACGCCGUGCGGCCCUGCGUCUGGGCUUCCAGCCCGAGGGCGUCUUUCGGCAGCAUAUGGUUAUCAAGGGGAGGAAUCGUGAUACUGCUUGGUUUUCGAUUGUGAGGGAGGAGUGGGAGGGGGUGAAGAGGGGGCUGGAGGGGUGGUUGGAUGAGGGGAAUUUUGAUGAGCAGGGAAGGCAGCUGAGGAGGUUGGAGGAUAUCAGAGACAAUAAAUGA